CGUCUGCCUGUGCCGGGCCGGCCCUCCCCGCCUGUGGGGCCGUGGGAGAAGUGCCGGGGGCGUUCCCCAGGCCCGAGCAGGGAGGGGCGGCGAGGAAGGCGGGGUCCGCCUCUGCGUCUUUGCACGGGCCAGACACCCGGCCGCGUCCUCCGUGACGGGGGUGUCCCGUGAGCGCCCCCAGGGGCCCUGGCCUCUGUCCCCUGACGCGACGCCCUGGGUCUGGUGCGCCUUUCACGCCGGGGAAACGGAAGCUCGGAGGGCGACAGUCAGCCGAGGCCACCCCGCUCUGGGUACCGGGGGGUGGGGGGUGGCGGUCGGCUGAAUCCUGAAGCCGCCUCUGUCGCCGCCGCUCCGGGCCCCGCGCUCUCCACGGGGGGCCAUGAUGGCGACGCCGUGGAGGGACCCGGCGCGGAUGUCUGUGACCUUUGAGGAUGUGGCCGUGACUUUUACCCAGGAGGAGUGGGGGCAGUUGGAGCCCACCCAGAGGACUCUGUACCAGGAGGUGAUGCUGGAGACCUGCGGGCUCCUGGUCUCUCUGGGCUGUCCUUUACCCAAACCAGAGCUGAUCUACCAGUUGGAGCACAGCCCAGAGUUAUGGACGUUGAAGAGAGGCCUCUCCCCAAGCUCCUGCACAGGUGAGAGCACAGAACCUGAGACCACGGAACCUAGUCCUUCUCACCUGGCCUUGUCUGAGGACGUCUCACCCCAGGAACACCUGACUCAGCGAGCCCCAGGGGACUCCCAGGAGGGGCAAGGCAAGGAUCAGGAUGAGCUAUUGGAAAUUCUGGAAGGCCACUCCAGACCAGAGAUAGACCUCCAGAGGGACAUGCUCCCUGGGAAAAUGAGCCCUGAACGUGAUGGUUUAGGGACAGAUGAUGGUCUAUACUCAAGGAUUGUAUGGGAGCGAGUCUCUCCAGAUGUUGUCUAUGAACGUGACUCACACGGACCAGCAAAAGAUCCCUCAAUCGACGAAGAGAAACAUCCCUAUAAGUGUGAGGAAUGUGGGAAAGUGUUUAACAAGAACUGCUUCCUUGUUCGACAUGAGCAGAUUCACACUGGAGUGAAGCCCUAUGAAUGCACAGAGUGUGGGAAAACUUUUAGCAAGAGCACACACCUUCUCCAGCACCACAUGAUCCACACUGGGGAGAGGCCCUAUGAGUGCAUGGAGUGUGGGAAGGCCUUCAACCGCAGGUCACACCUCACCAGGCACCAGCGGAUUCACACUGGAGAGAAGCCUUAUAUGUGCAGCGAAUGUGGAAAGGCCUUUACCCAUCGCUCCAAUUUAGUCUUGCAUAACAGAAGCCACACUGGUGAAAAACCCUUUGUGUGCAAAGAAUGUGGGAAAGCCUUUCGAGAUAAGACAGGUUUUCUUCGACACUACAUCAUCCACACAGGGGAAAAGCCCUUUGAGUGCUUGGAGUGUGGGAAGGCCUUCAACCGCAGGUCACACCUUACAUGGCACCAGCAGAUUCAUAGCGGAGAGAGACCAUUCGAAUGCAACGAAUGUGGGAAAGCCUUUUGUGACAGCACAGACCUGAUACAACACUACGUCAUUCACACCGGAGAGAAGCCAUAUAAGUGCCUUGAGUGUGGGAAGGCCUUCUAUCGCAGGUCACACCUCAAGCAGCACCAGAGGAGUCAUACUGGGGAGAAGCCCUAUGAGUGCACUGAAUGUGGAAAGGCCUUUACCCACUGCUCCACUUUUAUCUUGCAUAAAAGGGCCCACACUGGAGAAAAACCCUAUGAAUGCAAAGAAUGUGGGAAAGCCUUUAGCAAUCGGUCAGACCUCAUUCGACACUUCAGCAUCCACACUGAAGAGAAGCCCUAUGAGUGCAUGGAGUGUGGGAAGGCCUUCAACCGCAGGUCAUACCUCACAAGACACCAGCGGAUUCACAGUGGAGAGAAGCCCUAUGAAUGCAUAGAGUGCGGCAAGGCCUUUUGCCAGAGGGCAAACCUCAUUCGACAUGCCAUUAUCCACACUGGGGAGAAGCCUUUUGUGUGCACUGAAUGUGGAAAGGCCUUCACCUACUGCUACACUUUUAUCUUGCAUAAAAGGGCCCACAUUGGAGAAAAACCUUUUGAGUGCAAAGAAUGUGGGAAAGGCUUUAGCACUAGGAAAGACCUCAUUCGGCACAUCAGCAUCCAUGCUGGAGAGAAGCCCUUUGAGUGCAUGGAGUGUGGGAAGGCCUUCAACCGCAGGUCAGGCCUCACAAGGCAUCAGCGGAUUCAUAGUGGAGAGAAACCCUAUGAAUGCAUGGAGUGCGGGAAAUCCUUCUGCUGGAGCACAAGCCUCAUUCGUCAUUCCAUCAUCCACACUGGAGAGAAGCCCUAUGAGUGUAGUGAGUGUGGAAAGUCCUUCAACUUCAGUCGCAAAGACACACUUGUCCAGCACCAGAAAGUUCACACUGGAGAAAGAUCUUAUGACUGCAGCGAAUGUGGAAAAGCCUAUAGCAGAAGCUCCCACCUGGUUCAGCACCAGAGAAUUCACACUGGGGAAAGGCCUUAUAAGUGCAGUGAAUGCGGAAAAGCCUUCAGCCGUAAAGACACGCUUGUUCAGCACCAGAGAUUUCAUACUGGAGAAAGGCCUUACGAGUGCAGUGAAUGUGGGAAAUUCUUUAGCCAAAGCUCCCACCUUAUUGAGCACUGGAGAAUUCAUACUGGGGCAAGGCCUUAUGAAUGCUUUGAGUGCGGAAAAUUCUUUAGUCAUAACUCCAGCCUUAUUAAACAUCGGAGAGUCCACACAGGAGCAAGGUCUUAUGUGUGCGGCAAAUGUGGAAAGGCUUUCAGCUGCAAAGACACACUUGUUCAGCACCAGAUAAUUCACACUGGAGCAAGGCCUUAUGAGUGCAGCGAAUGUGGGAAAGCCUUCAGCCGUAAAGACACACUUGUGCAGCACCAGAAAAUCCACACUGGGGAAAGGCCUUAUGAGUGUGGUGAAUGUGGGAAAUUCUUUAGCCAUAGCUCAAACCUUAUUGUACACCAGAGAAUUCACACUGGAGCGAAGCCUUAUGAAUGCAGUGAAUGUGGGAAAUGCUUUAGCCACAACUCCAGCCUCAUUCUACACCAGCGAGUUCACACUGGAGCAAGGCCUUACGUGUGCAGUGACUGUGGAAAAGCCUAUAUUAGUAGCUCCCACCUUGUUCAACACAAGAAAGUUCACACUGGAGCCAGACCUUAUGAGUGCAAUGAAUGUGGGAAAUUCUUUAGCCGCAAUUCUAGCCUCAUUCUACACCAGAGGGUUCACACUGGAGAAAAGCCUUAUGUGUGCAGUCAAUGUGGAAAAGCCUACAGCAGAAGCUCCCAUCUUGUUCGGCACCAAAAAGUUCACACUGGAGAAAGGCCUCAUGAAUGCAGCAGUUUUGGUGGUCCUUUAGCUGCAUCUCUUAAACUAGUUUAGCACCAAAAACUUCAUAUUACAGAAAGGCCUUAUAAAUGCAAAAAAUGUACUAUCUCCUUGUUCACCCUAAUAGAGCUCACACCAGCGAAAAGCUCUGUGAGUACCCUUUGUGAGGGAGCCAUCAGCCAGGAUAUGAACCUUGUACCUUUAUAUAUCCACCUUGGGGAGAUUCCCGGUAAGUACCACGUAGGUGGAAAGCUUUCGUGAGAUAUGUUGCACUUCCUAAACUGUCCAGCACUCUUGACAAAGAUAUAUAACUGUCAGUGCCUGUGACGGAAGCCAUCUCAUUGCUACCAGCUGUCAGGAUCACACAGUCUGUCAGUCACUCUAAUAUGCUCAGGGAAGGCAGAUCCCUGUGCCUUCUCUCCUACUCCCUGGAGGGAAUCGUGUGUUUGGAGCCCAUUGACAGCCCGCCUUUUCUCCCCCAUGACUGGGUUCUGAGUGAACUUGAUCUAAGCUCUGGCCAGAAGAAUCUGAGCUGGUGACUGCCAGGCAUUUCCAGACCAGAUUUCCCUUUUUUAUGGACAAUGUUGACUGUAAACAUGAGAGCUGUGCUUCCAAAUCACCCAGCUUUGGAACUGCCUGCCCUGUGCUGCUCUGCUUUGUGCAGUGAUAAAGCCCUGUUGUGGCAGUCUUUACUCUUGGGACGGGUCUUUGUACUUUGUGGAACAGGUUGAGAAAAGAAGUGAGUUCUGCCAAUGUGAAGGGAGGAGCUCCUUUUGUCGGCACCAACUUCAUGUGCCUCAGAGGGGACAGCAGGCAGGCAGAGAGCAGAUCUCAGUCUGCUUCGGCCUAAUUUGCAUUGUGGGGCAAGUCUUGGUAGAAAAGACUGAAGAGCUUUGUGUGCCUCCUCCUGUGGCCUGGAAGUCAGGAUUUCCUGUGAGCCCAGAGUUCAUUCUGAGGACAUCAUAGUUGAUGUGAAAAUCUCCAGUGCUUCUGGAAGCAACAUGAAUUGGGUCCCUUGUUCCUAGGGAAUGUCCCCUGCACUUUUGAGGGAUUUCUCUUUUCUGGACCUAUACAGGAACCAGUCCCUGAUGUCCAGAAUCCCAUGGACUGGAAGGCCUGUAGGGCAAGGUGGGAAUCAUACUUGGUUCAGAAACACUGAGGUAGUGGAGUGGGGAUCACUGUGGCAAAUGAGAGGAGGUGUAUCUGUUCUAAAGGAGGCAUCUCCACAUGUCCAUGAGAUUAUGGCUGUGUGAGAUGAGAGUGUACAGAAAUUCUCAGGACCUUCAGACAUCUGUAUCUCCUGUAGCCAAGGCCACAGUCAGAGUAAAGAAUCUAAAGGUUUGUGGAUUCCUGUACCUCCCUGGGCUGUUGAUGUCAUGGCCAUCAUUACACAGGCAGGAGCCCCAGCACCGACAAAAGAGAUCCAGGGAUAGGCCUCUCUGACCCAGCCAGCAUUCCUAAUGAUUGAAAUGGAUGUAGACUCCAUUGCUGUCCCUGCUAAAUUGGGGGAGAGGGAUAUGAUAGAAUCAAAAUGGUUAGCAGCUGUGACUUUCCAAGAGGGAGAGUAAAUACGGAUUUUUAUGAGGAGCAUUUAGUUCUUAACUGUAUUGAGGUUCGGUUGACAUGAAAUAAACUGCACAUAUGUAAAGUGUAAAAUGUGUUGUGUUUCAGCAUGUGUGUAUCCCUGUGAAGCCAUCGCCACAAUCAAAAUUAUGAACGUAUCCAACACAACCAAAAGAUUCCUUGUGUCCCUGUAUAGUCCUUUCCUCCCAGUUCUUUCUAACCCCCUUUCCCACAACUCACAAGCAACAGCAAGCAUUUUCUAGAAUUUUAUAUGAACAGAAUCAUAUGGUAUAUACUUUCUGGGGAGUGGGGACUCUGGCCUUUUUUACUAACCAUAACUAUUUUGAGAUUAACCCAUCUUGUUGCAUGUAUUAACAGUUUGUUCAUUUGUAUUGUUGAGUAGUAUUCCAUUAUAUAGAUAUACCACAAUUAUUUUUUACACAUUCAGCUAUUAGUGGAUGUUUGGAUUGUUUCCAGUUUUUGGCUGUUACAAAUA